GGGGGCCCUGCUCCCAAGCCUUUCGCUGUGAGUGUGUGUGUCUGCGUAUGAGGGUUCAUUCUUCACUGCUGUCAGAGUAGUAGCACUUCCAACUAAACUGCAGCACUGCUCAGUCCUCUGUUGCACUCCAUCUUGCUCCUAUACCUGUUCGCACAUCCUUGUGCUGAAACUGACACGACCUCCUUGCAGGACAAAGAGACACCCUGACCCCACUGGCAUCGCAAGAGCUGUUGAUGUGAGGAUGGUGAGCAGAGAGGUGGAGCGCAUUGGGAUUCCCUUCCCCAAUCACAGCAGUGAGGUUCUUUGCACACUGAAUGAGCAGCGGCAGAAAGGUCUGCUGUGCGAUGUGGUACUGGCUGUCGGUGAACAUGAGUACCAAGCUCAUCGUGCCAUCUUGGCUGCCUGCAGCCAGUACUUCAAGAAGCUCUUCACUACAGACACCGGGGAUGCAUGGCACAGCGUGUACGAGAUUGACUUUGUGAAUGCUGAGCCGCUGGCCGCGAUUCUGGAGUUUGUCUACACCUCCACACUCACGGUCACCGCUUGCAGCAUUAGGGAGGUCCUAAUUGCAGCUCAGAUGCUGGACAUCCCUUGCAUUGUGAGUGUCUGCCUAGAGAUCAUGGACUCGACAGCAGGAGAAGAUGAGGAAGAGGAUAGGGAGAGUGAGCAGGGCCAAGGAGCUGAGGAUGGAGAAUUGGAAGAUGAGGAAUCCCGAGAGGAAGAAGAGUACUCCAGUGAGAAAUCUACACCGGUUACUGAAGAGCAGAGCUGUGAUGAUAUAGGGCAGACUCAGGACAGCCCUCCGAGCACCUCACCGAGCGAGGGGCUGUCUGAUGAUUCUCAAGUACCUGCCUCCACAGUGGUGGCAGGAGAUGAAAAUAUAGACCCUAAAGACCCAGAAGUUCGUGCCAUUAGGGACUUUUCUAUUGACGCUUUGCUGCAGGAGGGGCUGUACCCCAAGCUCUCUGCCUCUGACAGAACACCCCUUUUUUCUGGAUUCUUUCCUCCUUUGUGGAACCCAGAGUUUCCUGGAUUUCCACAGAUCACGGACCAUAGCCCCCUCUUACCCCCAUACCACCGAGAACUUGAGUGCCCACCUCUGGAUUUGGGCGUAAAGAAGGAGGCAGUGAAAGAGGAGAUGCAGGAGGAGUUCCACCCUAGUCUUUUUCACAAUGACUUUCUGAAGCACUUUAUAGGAGCUGGCCUGAACAUGGCCGACAGCAACCACAUAGGAUCCAUCAAGGAUGAAGCAGACCUCAGCUCAUACCUGAGCUUCCUCAGUGCCUCCCACCUGGGGACCUUCCUCCCUCCCUGGCAGUUGGUGGAGGACAGAAAGAUGAAGCCCAAAGCCUCCCAGCAGUGCCCCAUCUGCAACAAGGUGAUCCAGGGGGCGGGCAAGCUGCCACGGCAUAUGAGGACUCACACUGGAGAGAAACCCUAUGUUUGCACCAUCUGUGAGGUUCGCUUCACCAGGCAGGACAAGCUGAAGAUCCACAUGCGCAAGCACACUGGGGAGCGGCCUUACAUCUGCCUCCACUGCAACUCCAAGUUUGUGCAUAAUUACGACCUGAAGAACCACCUGCGUAUCCACACAGGGGUGCGGCCCUACCAGUGCGAACACUGCACCAAAAGUUUCACCCGCUCCGACCACCUGCACCGCCACGUGAAGCGGCAGAGCUGCAGGGUGACACAUCCUCGGCGAGGCCGGAGGCCUGCAUCCCGCCGUCCCUCCCACCCGCUCUACCUACCCACUGCCCCACACAGUGAAAGUGGAUGUCUCACCAUGAACGACAGGUUCCUUCCCACCAGCCGUAACACGACCCGUCCUGGUUUUGUUGGCCCACACCAACUCAUUCAUGGAGAGACCAUGGCCUUGGAGAACUUAGACAGCAGCGAGAGGAGGAGCCUGGAACCUCGGCUAUUAGACAGAAACCAGGAUGGGGAGAAUGAGAGGAGGAGGGGGGUAUUUGCUUUCACUGUAGCCCAUGAUGACGUGCUCUCCAGUCAGCCUCUGUACCCGCCAUGGGCCAUGAGAUUGGAUCACAGUCAUCCCCUUCCACAGGUCACCACUUAAACCCGAAAUGGCAUUACAGUGCUACGGCCCACUCUGAUUAACACUCCAAAACAGGCUUUAACCAGAGCUGGCAAAGAUAUCUUCAUGGACUUUGGUGAAGUCAACUGGGGUAUGAAGGUUUUCAAAUCAACCGCUUUAUAAAGUUUGGAAUUCACAUUGCAGUUUAUCAAUG